UCAACGGUGAUUUCUGCUUUUGCGGAAUGCGAUUUCAAUAUGUGAUAAAAAAUGGAAACAAGGUUUAUUUGGGCGAAAGAGAAGAAUAAUUUUCACUAUAAUAAAUAACUUCAAAAAGAUUUUAAAUGCACAAAAUAUGUUGUAGUCCAAAAUUUAUGUAUCUAUUGUAGUAAUCAAUAAAUUCAUGCAUGUAAAAAUGUUGAAACAUUUGAAUUACAUUUUGUUAUACAGUCUAAUUUGCACUUGUAAUGGUUUGCAUCUAACUGGAAGAUGGAAUACUGGAGAGUUUUUUAAGUUUCUAUCAAAAUUUGGCUUUCAGAAAACUGACAGUCAUGAUCAUAUAAAUACUUUAGGUUUCAUUUAUGGUAACAUAACAUCUCCUGGUUAUGUCGAAACAAAACAUAAAGCCACUUUUGUUGUUGUUGAUCGGCAAUAUUUUUUAGAGUAUUACCGCCAAAGAAAUAAAUAUGAGUCAAAUCGAGAUCAAACUUGUGCUGCUAUGUUUCAGAAAAUUGAUACUGUUGCUUAUGAUAGAAACUGUAAAGAAAAUGGAACCGAGGAUUUUUUGAGAAGAGUACCUUGUCCAAUCGGGGAAUUAUGCGAAGAUGAAGAUGCUCCAGAACGAGUAGUUAAUGGGCAUCAAUUUACAUAUGCAGUUCUUGAUAAUACUCAGGCCAGAUUUUGGUAUGUUAGUCUUGUUGCUUGCUAUAGAAAUGGUACUGGAGACAAUUGUACUUGGAGAGAUUCUUCUAAAGAGAAUCUGAAUAUUGAUUAUGAUAUCUGGUUAGCGAAUGGCAAUCCCUAUGGUCCUCACAGGAAUCCAUUUGAGUUUCAACUUUCAUUUGAACAACAGGGAACUGUUGAAAUGUACUUGGUAUUACUUGGUCUGUAUUUAAUAUUAGUACCUCUUCAAGUUUAUGCUGCAGUCCAUCAACACCACCAUGUAACAAGACUGUAUACAGCAUCCUUAGCCCUUCAACUGCAAUUUGUUUUAUGUAGUGUGAUACAUAUGGUUAAAUUUGCUAUUGAUGGUGAAGGGAUUGAAGUUCUUUGCAUUGUAGGUGAUGUUAUGCAUCUCUUUGCUCAGAGCCUUUUUAUGCUGUUGUUGCUCUUACUUGCUAAAGGUUGGGCCAUAACUCGAACUGAACUGACUUGGAAACCUGUGCUGUUUUGUGUUUGGCUACUUUACACUUGUGUUGGAGUUCUACUUUAUGUAUGGAAUAUGACUGAAGUUGAUGUCAUUGAUGAUAUUGAUGAAUACCAAACAUUCCCGGGGUGGAUUAUCCUAAUUUUCCGUCUUGCAAUCAUGGUCUGGUUCUUGUAUGAGUUGAGAUCUACCAUGUUGGAUGAAAAUGACCGAGCCAAGUUACGCUUUUAUGUUCACUUUGGUGCUGGAAUCUUGGUCUGGUUUGUUUACCUGCCUGUUGUUGCAUUGAUUGCACUUCAAAUAUCUGCAUUAUGGAGGGCAAAACUUCUCUUAGGUAUUACCUCUAGUGCAGAUUUUCUUGCUUAUGCAAUCAUGGCACAUCUUUUGUGGCCAACUAGAAGCGAGCAAUACUUUCAACUUGCUUCUGAAUCUGAUCCUGGUGAAGAAUUGGAAGAAUUUAAUGAAGCUCCCCAUAACGUCCCGAGGCCUCAAAAAGUGUGAUGGCAUCAAUCGUCCGCAUGCUUCACAAAGAAUUUUAUUGUGGAUUAAAUUGAUUGCAUAAUUACCUCUAUAUCUUACCCCCCCCCCAUUUGAAAAAUAUUAUUAAAAUAUUAGAUAACUAAUAUUCAUUAGGAAAUACCAAAAACUCAUAGGGAAACAGUUUCAUGUUAGAGGCUUUAACAGUUGUGAUUUGUAGUUAUUCAAUUUGUUUUAUAAAUACAUAUAGAAACCCUAGUAGAAAUUUAGUCUCUUAAUGCUUCAUUAUGUCCUAAUUGCAUAGGUCUACUUGUUAAAUCAAAUAAAUGUAUUUAGAGUAGAGCUUUUUAAACUCUUUCUGCUUGCAAUUAUUUUUUAGUCAAAGGGAUUGUCAAGAUUACAAAUCUUCAUUUGGAAAAAAUAGGUAAGAACUCAAAGCAAUGAUUUUCAAUAAUUUUAUUUAUUUAUUAGAUUUUUUAAAAAAAGAAAUGAUUUCAUAUUGGGAUAUUUUUUGGUUACCAAUAUUAUGUACAACUUUAAGGGUAUCUAACUUAAUUGCUAGCAGAGGCCUAAAUUUAUGUAAAACAUACACAAAUCUUCAAUUUUUACGGAAAUAUGGAUUUAUUUCAAAAGCGCCUUUUAAAAAAGAAUGUGAACAGUAAGAAAGUGACUGUUACUUGCUUUCUAUUCUCUUCUGUAGUUUUUCUCACUUCAAAAUAUAUCUUGUACUCUAUGAACUACUUUCAAAUUCAGUAAUCACUGAACAGUAGACAUUUCUUAUCAUAAGAAAAAAUAAUUACUCAGUUUAUAAAUAUUUCCAGACAUGGAAAGAUUUUAUAUGCAAAUUUUUGGGUGUUUUCAAAUCUAACCUAUGAAUUCUGCUUUUCUAAAUUUCAUAGUUUAAUUUUUAAACAUUCUGAAUUAUAGAUAAUUAUUAAUGAUAAACCACAUUCGUCAAUUACUAUUAGUAUUAUCUUAAUGCAAAAUUCAGUGAGGUUCAUACUCUAGAAUUCUGUAUGGAAAUAAUACAAUUAGUAGUCAGACUUUCUUAAUAGUUAUACUAUAAUUAGGAAUUUAAAAAAGUAAGGUAUAAAAUUUUAAAAUUUUGUUGCAAAUUGUUUUAUUUAUUGAGCAAUGAUUAAUUACUAGUCAAUGCAUAAUUCAGAGAGGUUGAUAUUCCGGAAUUCUGUAUUGGGAUUAUACAAUUAAUAACGAAACAUUGGAUAAUGUGAUUUGUUAUUAGUAAUUAUUCCAUAAUUAGGAAUUUUAAGAAUUAAAAUACAAAAUUUUAAAAUUUUGUUGCAAUUUGUUUUGUUUAUUAAGCCAUAAAUACAUUAGUUUUAGGUCACAAGUUGGAUAACCUUGCUGUAUAUUUUAAAAAUAUUUCUACACAAUCACCUAAUUAGCAUUGCAUCUGGCACUUUGGAAACCCUGGUAUAGGAUGAAAUUUUUAUCUCUAUUAUAUAGAUUGCCCUUCUCUUGGCCUUUCCCAUAUGAUAUUUAUGUAAUUAGAAUUGUUGUGACUACUUAUAGAAAACACUAUGUAUAUAUGUUUUAUAAUGAUUUUUUAAGUGAAAAGGAAGAAUGUAUCUUGCUCAAUCAGUGUAUUUAUGUUAUUGUUUUUAUUUCUUUCUUAAUAUUUUAGUGUUCCCUUAUCAUUUCUUGUCAUUGCAACUAGUCAUAGAGUUAAUUUUAUUCCUAUAUUAUUUAACUAAAUUAUCUUGCAUUUAAGUUAGUGGUGGAAUUCUAAGAAUGAAAUAAAGCACAACAAAACUGCAAAGAAAACUUAAUUUCUUGCAAGUUUGGUGUCCCUGUCAUAUAUCUUACUGAUUUUUAUGCAUUUCAUUUAUAUUUGAUUUGAAAAAAAUUAUUUAUUUUUUUUAUUCACAUGCAUUU